UUUUUUUUUUAUACAUUAUUUGAAACUAUUACACCGAUGACCAUGAUGACAGCGGUUAAGUUCGAAAUAUCCAAAAUUAUCAGAACAAGAAUUUCCUUUCUUUUUGAAACCGAGUUUGUACUUUCUCUAUGUUGUUUCGAAAGUAGGAUAUGAAACGUAAACAUUUCGGCUUUGCGCAGAAUGUCGAAGAUAAAUAAACGCCUUGUGAGAGACAGAUUAGCAAACUGGGAGUCUCGCGGCAUUCCUUUGACCACAUUAUCAACGAAACAAAAGGACAUAUGCAUACAAUUAUCGUCAACAGUGAACGAAAGACGAAUACCGUCCAACCUACCAGAGGAUGAUGAUCAAUUGGUAUUGCCUCAUAAACAACUGGAAUCCAGUACAGGGGGCUCUGUCGUUCAUGAAGAAUUUCAGAAAAGUGCACCACCAGAAAAAGCAGAAACAGCACAGAUGUUUUUAUCAUGGUACUCUGACCUAGAAAAAGAUAUGGAAAAAGAGGAAGAAGCUCCCUACAGACAUUACAUAGAGGAGCUUCAGGGAUACCAGGACCAAUGUGAUGGUGUACUAGGGGAGGUAACCACUGCCUUGACCUAUUUAGCAGGACUUCAGAAGCAAUAUGUUAGUGUAUCCACCAAAACAAAUGCACUUCAUGAGGCCUGCGAGCAUCUCUUGGCUGAACAGACAAGAUUGAUGAACACUGCUGAGAAUAUCAGUAAUAAACUGUCAUAUUACAAUGAACUGGACAAAAUUUCUAGUAAACUGGCUUCCCCGACUUUGAUGGUUACUAAUGAAUCCUUUGUGCCCAUGCUAUCUAGGCUGGAUGAAUGCAUUCUUUAUCUGAGAAACAAUCCUAAUUACAAGGAAUCACAGAUGUAUCUGGCCAGACUGAACCAGUGUUUGUCCCGAGCAUUGAGUCUCAUUAAAUCCCAUGUUAUCAACAUUCUGCAGUCCUCCACCAGGCAGGUGCAGGAGAAAAAGGAUUCCACACAGCUUGGAGAUAAUGCAUUUACAUUGUUCUAUGGAAAAUUUCGAGCAAAUGCACCUCGAGUGAAAGCUCUUAUGGAGCAGUUAGAAAUCCGCCUGGAUAAAAGUCCCGAAUAUAAUCAGGCUUUGGUGGACUGUCAGCAGUGCUAUUUUAGCCAGCGAGAACUGCUCCUUGGACCUAGCAUUACCUCUACAAUCAAUGAUUUGGCCACAAAACAUGUCCGUGAUCAUUGUGCGCUGAUGAGAAGUGGGUGUGCAUUUAUGGUUCAUGUGUGUGAGGAUGAGUACCAGUUGUACUAUAAUUUCUUCACCAGACACUCCCCUCUCUUAGAUGAGAUGUUGGAACGACUCUGCAACAACCUGUAUGAUGUCUUUCGUCCCCUCAUCAUUCAUGUCAACCAUCUUGAGACCUUGGCAGAACUCUGUUCCAUCAUGAAAGUGGAAAUGUUGGAAGAGCAUGCACAAGCUAAUGCUCAGGAAUUGUCCUCCUUCAGUAAUGUCUGCCAUCAGAUGUUAAUGGACAUGCAAGAACGCCUAGUUUACAGAACAUAUAUUUACAUACGGUCUGACAUUCUACAGUAUUCAGCAGCACAAGGAGAUCUAGCCUAUCCUGAAAAAUUGGAAAUGAUGCAGAGCAUUGCUGAGAGCAUAAGAGCUGGGGAGACCAAGGGCCACACCCGGACCCCCUCUUCAUCUUCUUUAAAGGGUCACUCCCGAUCUCCUUCAAAUGCCUCCAGCACCAGCCAGGAGGUGGCUGAACUAACAGAAGCAGGAAAAAAUGAGAUGAAGAGCAUGACCAGUACAAUGCCUAUGUCCCCCGCAGACCUCCAUGGGAUGUGGUACCCCACAGUGAGGAGGACACUGGUGACCCUAUCUAAACUGUACCGGUGUAUUGAUAGAACCACAUUCCAAGGACUUUCCCAGGAAGCAUUGCAGUCUUGUAUUCAGUCUUUAAAAACUGCAAAGGAAGGGAUUACCAAAAGGAAGACAUUGAUGGACGGACAGCUGUUUCUUAUUAAACAUCUGUUGAUACUUCGAGAACAGAUAGCUCCAUUCCAGACAGACUUCUCCAUUCGAGAAACAUCACUGGAUUUCAGCAAAUUAAAGGAUUUUGGCAAAAUUAAAGAUGCUGCUAAAGGCUUGAUACAGAACAGUUCCAAAAUGUUUACAUUUAACAGCAACAACUCUCUGCUGCAAUUUAUACUGGAGGGCACUCCACAUGUAAUGGAACAUUUUGUGGACUCAAAGAAAGACGUGGAUGUGGAGCUGAAAGUCACAUGUGAAGAAUUCAUCCAUCAUAUGUCGGACAACUUCACUGAACCACUCAAAACUUUUCUAUCACGAGCAUGUGUUGUCAUAAACAUGAAACAGGAGGAAGGAAUCAGAAGUGUCUCUCUACGACAGCAGCCAUUUGCUACACCAGAAAAAUUGCAUGAUGUUGUGUCAGAGACAUACAAAAACAUAAAAUCUCGCCUCCCCACAAUACACAAGAGCAUGCAGUUGUAUCUUGCCAACCGAGACACGGAAACUAUUCUCUUUAAACCAAUCAAGGUGAACAUUCAGCAAGCAUUCCAGCAGCUCUCACAGAUUCUGACUGAGGAUUAUACAGAAGAGGAUAUACAGAUUGUGGCUAAUCCUAGCCCCGAACAGAUAAAUUUGCUGAUAUCAACAACGAUGAGAUAAUGCCCCAGCAGAUUCUUAUCAAAGAAAACAAUGCCAACAAUGAGAACAGUGUUAUCAAAGAAGUAUUUUAUUGAUUAUAUGAAAAUUAAUAUAAUUGAAUAUUAAUAACGAGAAAGCUGCAUUGAAAAACAUAGGAAUCUGUCAUAUAAAUUUAUUGCUAAAUGUAUUAGAAUGAUUAGUGCAGACAUAUAUCCUCCUAGAAUAAACGAUUUACAGAUA